UUGUUCGUCAGCGCUUUCGAUUUUAGUUUUGUUUAUUAAUUCCUCAAAACACAUGUCCGUGGUAUUAUUUUUGAGAUUUUCUCUACAGCAGUGACGUCAUAGUUCUUUACUGGAUGUGAUUGGCUCAAUUGGAAGGUUCGGUCUCCUUUGGUACCGAAACACCCGGCCCCUCCGGCAACUGUUGCCGUUAUAAGAACACACCUUCCAUCUCCCCCUCCCGCUCCUCGUCGGUGACACGGGACGCCGGAUAAUAUCCGCUUUGACACCGGCACACGACGAUAGCCGGCGAGCUGACAGCGAGCUUUUGAGCAUCACAACUGCUUGUUUACGAGCAGUCUUCAGCAGAGUCAGACAGCAGUUGCAGUGCUGUCGGGUCAGGACCUCCUUAAGAAUUUAUCCUAGACCUUAAUCCUUCACAAAGCAUUAGUGUAUCUAAGUUAGUCCAGUGAUGCAGGUGACUGAAUCCCUCACCCAGAAGAAGUCUCUCUUCGGUGCCAUGUCCCGCUUCAUUGGCGCCAUUGACGACAUGGAUCGGACUGUUCUGGUACCAACUUUACUGAGAGAUGUUCCUGUGGACCACGGGGGGGAUGAGGACAUUCAGCAAGACAUGUACGGCUCAUUUGUGCUGCUUAAAUCUAUCCGUGACAACAUGGAGAGGGGUGUUGCUCAGGGCGACAAUGGGCAAGACAAAGAGCCUGGGUGCAGGAUGGAUGAAGAGGAAGAUCAGGAUCUGGAGAAACUGUUCCAUUUCCACUUGAAUGGACUCUCUACUGUUCUGUCAAAGCUGACACUCAGAGCUAACACGCUAACAACGCGCUACAAGGAGGAGAUUGGCUGCAGGAACUAAUGUACAAGGUUUGAAAACCUGCAAAGUUUGUCAAGAAUGUUUUGAUUUUGUUUGGACUAAAUAAAUAAAAAAUAAUUUAUACAUAAAA